AUGGGAUGCGAACCCACGAUAUCAAGGGGAAAUCUUCAACACAGCCAACGCACUAACCAUCUGCGCUACGAGUCACCAUCAGAAGACGUGAGUCUAAUCAUACUUGGGCAUACUGGCGACAUUUCUGAGCACCCUUCACUCAUUUAACACUACGUCAAUCGUUGGCCUCUUCGUCAUGGAGACACUCCUGGCCUCAUGCACGAAGUGCCAGUCAACAUAUCCGACGGUGGACACGUGCGGCAUCAGCCAGCUGCCCUUGAGAACCCUCGACCAACAAGGAAUUCCCUUUCGGUUCCAAUUAUAUCUACGGUGUCUUUAAAAACAUAGUGUUAAUGCGAAGGAAAAGAAUCGUAGGACGUUCGAUAGACCUGAUUUUAUAGACUGUCCGCAGUCUCGAAGUGUGCAGUGGGUUAAUGUAAUUUUGAGUUCCAAUGAGAAUGUGACAGAUUGAUGACUUUUCACGGAGCACAGGAAAUGUCUGGCGUGUGUGUGAGUAUUCUCUGGAAAAAAACAAUAUUCGGCCAAAAUUCAUUUCCCAAUGUACUAGCAUAGGUUUUCAUUCGACGCAACUAACAGAAGCCAUCAAAGCCAAUUUAUCAACCAGAUGACUACCAGGCUUAGGUAAAGCGUAGCCUGUGCCAUUAUAACCUCCCAUUACGGCAGCUUUAUACUCUGAAUGAUGACUUUACAGGGAAGCGAUUCUCCUCCCCUAUUAUCGAUUCAUUUUGGAGCUAAUAAAACCGUUUGGUCGCGUCUCUUUUGUCCUCGCCGAAAUAACUUCCGGCAGGCAAACAGGAGUAAGCUGUCGAAGAAUCGACAGAUUCUGUGGCGCUCACAGUCUUCUCUUCCAUGCGAAGGAGCUGUCCUUUCCGAAUGAACUCCAGUAGAUGACACAUCUGAUUUAAAACGAACGGGCCGAGGUCGCAAAACCUAAAAAAAUUACCUUUUCGUAAGUGUUGUCCAUUUAACAGCUAAAAGAUAUAAAUAUGAUUUAAAAACGCAAAAUUACGGAGAGCAAUUAUGUGAAAGUUAGAGUAUUAAUGUCACUAUCAUUGAUGUAUAUUUGAAAGAAGUGCACUUAGAGGCGACAUUAGUAAAAACAAUGGCAAAUAUAAACUCUGGCAAUAUCUUGAGAGAUUAUUUUGUUCCCAUACAUUGGCAGGUUUGUCAAAAAUGGAAAUAAACUAAACAUUUGGGUGUGUUCGCUUAAAUAUGAGGGCGAGUUUUACAUUAAAUGCUACGUUUUGACCUUUUUUCGUUGUACUUAAGAAAACCGCAAUAAUUAUUUCAUUAGACCUGGGAUGCUGUAAAUAUCACAGACAGAGAGACUGGCGGCUCUCCGAAUAAUUACGCUUCUUCGUCAAUCACCAGUAAAACCAGGGACAUUAUCCAACAAAACUAUGGCGUGCAUUCUGCGCUGGGAAUAUCGUUGUGCCUGUUUAUCGAAAUGACAGACAUCUACAUAAUUAGGUGUCAACAACACUUAUAGCCUGUGAUUGACACCGUCCGUUUUGGAGGUUAUUCUGCCCCUCCAGCGACUCCUGCACCGUCUUUGCAGUACUGUUUAAAAAUAAGAUCUUAUCCCAGAAGACGGUGCCCUUUUUAAAUCAAGGUCAGCGAAAAAAUACGUCUAGGCAAAUUAAGGACUUUCCCCGAUAAAUUUUCCACUUAAAUUUGGCGUUGUUAAGGUCUUUCGUGAGUGGAACGAAAACGUCAACGUUCUCUUCAUAUUUUAACUUAAAAAGCUCAAAGACAAAUACUCUUUAUGAGUAAUUGUACCAGCUGUGCCACAGAAUCGUUGGUCUUUUGCAAUUUAAGUGAUCGCAUUGCUUCCAGAAGUGGUUUUUUUCAAUUCUAGGGUGGUUUCGGUGGAUUGGAAAUUAUACCCCGACACUUUUUGUGGCAGUGUCUUUGCUGUUCGUUAAUUUAUUAACUUAAAAACUCAAAGUGGUCAAAGAAUGCCUGAAGGAUUGAAUUGAACAGCCUCAUUGAAGAAAAAUGGUUGUUUUUUGUGGGCGUGAAUCAUAAAUUUAUUUGCGCUUUCCAGCUCUCAGUGCAAUGCUGCACAAUGCUUUUUAGCAAUUUUUCUACUACAAAAGAUGCGCUAUCUCACGAAACGUUAACUAAAAUUUAAAAAUGUGCUGUCGAUUCGAAAUGAGUACAUAAGUAGGGUUGGAGCAGGGUGUCGAGAUAUUUUACUCAUGUUAGAAUGUUGAUCUUCGAACGGCUUCUUUUCGACCAACCGCGGAGAGCAAAAGUGAUAAAAGAAUGAUUACUUAUGUGGCAGGCAUUCAUCCCCACUGAUCUCCAAUGUCUUCAUUAGCGUAAACAACUCGCACUAAAGCAUGUUUACAAAUAAAUGUCUUAUGCAUAUUUGGUAUCACUGACGUCUUCCAUUAAUUUUAGAUUUCUGGGAAUUAUGAUACGAUUUGGUUCAAAGUUCAACCCUAUUUAAAUAAUCUUUUCGAACCGAAGGCGCCGUUCAAAGUUUCGGCUAACGUUCCCUAAAAUAACAUGUCUACUGUAGUAAUACUUUUUCGGAAAAAUACCGUGUUUCAUGGCACUGAGAGAUCAAAAGCGAUAAAAAAAUAUGAUGCAUACUCUAGUCAUAAUGCCAUUUUGUUCGGCGACUUUUUUCAAUUAAGUCUUACAGACAGUCCUCGUCUGCCGUUAGAUUUGAUCGGAUUCAUAUCUUAGCAUAACAUACACGGACUGAUAUUCAGCGACAGAAGCUUUAGCAAGUUAGAGAUAAAAUUGCUCGAACGCAGGUCUCCCUCCAGGGACCGCCUUAGUUUCUGUGGGCGGCGCAGAAAGCCUCAGGUGUGAUCUUUAAUCACUAAGAUAAGGAUCCGGCCAAGACCACUGUUGGACCGUUACGGCCGGGAUAAUCAUGAAGAUGGCCUUCGCGGAAUAUGCCUACAGUGACGCAGACAUUCUACGCUUACUUCAUCCUUUUCUCCUGACGUUAGCCUGUUCCGAUGACAAGACUAAGAAAAGACAAUCGGCGAUGAGCAUAGGCGUAGUCAGCAACAAAGAUAAAAAUUCCGUCUACACACGGUCCGGCCCAGACCGCGCGUGUUUUGGUCUGUUUUAAAGAAGGCGUCCCAAGUCGUGCAUCAAGUAGUGUACUCUGAGGGUUGCAUUGGUCCCCUACUGGCAUAAUGCCUGCAAGCCCGUGACUCUGAUCUGUCUCUACGUGGCUUAGAAAAUUAAUAUCAAAAUCUACUCCUCUUUAUUAACAACAAUCAGCAUGUCACAUGCACCUGAUGAUUGGGUAUUCCAACGUCUAUUCACCUCCCGCUAGUCAUCAUGAUCUUGAUCAAUACAUUUAACGUGCACAUAUGCUCGCAAGGCUGUACUCAAAGGAGUUAUACCGACCUUUGAUCGAGUCUAUCUGUGUCUAGUCCGAAUCUGUAGACUGCCGCUUUUAUCUUUUUUGGGUUUAUCUUCAGAAGACACUAGACAGAGCAGUACAGGAAAUCCAAAGAAUAUGAUACAUGGCUUUCAGGAGCUGGUUGCCGAAUUUUGAUGAUAAGGACAUUGAUUUUACUUAGAUAUUUUUACUAAGUCUUUCGAAAGUUAUCGCUUCCUAAAAAAGUGCUUGAAGCAAUUUCAGUUACGUAUAGCUCGUAAAGUAUUCGUUUAUGAAUAAAUAGCGAUAUUACAAGUGAUAUCAUAACAUACACGAUAUAUUUGAUUUGAUGAAGCCGAUAGGUCAUUCGCCUAAAUAGUUAUAAAUAUAUCUGGGCUGAAACCUAAAAGGCAUGUUCCGGGAAUGUUUACGUUGAUGCAUUAAUGCCUGAUAGAAUAAAGCAGUUAGAACCGAAAAAAAAUUAGAAUACUUAUAAGUAGGAAGGAACAGAAGACACGUUCAGAGACUCGCAAAUUAAUCCAAUUACUCGCAGCCAUAUGAGGUGAAGGAAAGUAUCAGGAAAACGCGUGUCUGGGUUUCUAAAUAAAAGUGCUGUGAGUCAGGCUUAGUUGAUUUCUAAUCGCUCACGGUUUGCCCACAUUGAUACCUUCGGCAUUGGGAUUUAUCCUUGUGAGCAGGAACAGUGGGCGCGCAGGUCUAAAAACCAGUGGACAAUCCAAGUGCUGAUGCGCUUUCUAAAUUCCUGAAAACUUCUAAAAUAAAUAAUUUUCUGGGUCAGACAUGUCAAAUUAGGGUAAUUAGUACCUCUUGAAAUGAAGCAUUCUAACAGUUAUAUAAUAUGUUUAGUAUUUUUCGUUCCUACCAGGUAUCAGUGAAAGUCCUGAAAACCGCUAAAUUACAAAAAAAUAACCAAAAUUCACUUUUAGCAAGGCUAACUCGAUAUCCAGCUAAAAGUUGCCAGACUUAUCUGUGAAAAUAUGACUCUGUUAACAUUUCCCACAACAUUAAAUGCAUUCUCUCUACUUACCCACAGCAUUUAAAAGCAAAAAGGAGUUUUGUGGGUAUCUGUGCGUAUUAUUUAGUCGAUUAUUGCUGUAAGAUCUUACUGUUGCUACAUUUCAGUAGCGAAAACGAUAAGACAGGGGAAUAAGAACCCCGGAAAAAUUACCUAUUUGCGGGCCUCAAAUUUAACCUGAUAAAAACCCUAAUGUAAUAUAUAACCACUGUCCUAAUUUCCCUGUAGAUUAAAACAAUGAGAGGAUGUUUGUUCCAUCUCUUGAGCAUAAUGGCGUGCUAGACUUUCGUCGUUAACACAUCCAUCAACCUGUCUAAUCUCUACACGUAAACAAAUAUCAAAGAGUUCCAUAUCGGUAAUCUGACGUUGCGCUAACUCAUUAUCCGACCGGUGCAUUAAUUGAAGUAACGAAGCCAAACAGAAAUUCUCUCUUAUCUAGUCCAGACCAAUAUCCAGCUGAAAUUUACCAGGAUAAUCUGUGAAAAUUAACGUAUGUGGAUAUACCCUCCUGAAUUCAAUGCAUCCUCCCAAUAUAAUCCCCUGCAUUUGAAAACGAAAAUUAGCAAUUUAUGGGCGAUCGCGCCUGCUAUUUAGUUGAUUUUAACUGACGGCUUAAAAAGAGAAUUCCCUGAAAGUUUGUACUAAUAUUGUUUGUUACUAACAAACACAGUGCGACAGGGAAAUAUGAACCCGUCACUCCCCAGAGCUAAACUUCUCAGGACUUAAUAAAAGGCUAUUUGAAGAAAAAGAGUCGAGCACCGGAACAGUGUGUUUAUUGUCCGGAGCUUUCAGACUCGUACAGGAGUCCAUCGUCAGAGGUAGCGGCAGCAGCAGAACAAGCGACAAUUAUAAGGCAUCAGACCAAUCAACGCAGUCUUCCUUGAUAUAAAAUGCACAAGAGAAGAAAAACAGGACCAGCAGUUGCCCUUCCUGGAUGUGCUUGUCAGACGAAACCUUAAAGGUGAACUUGAAACGACGAUUUAUAGGAAGGCAACAAACACCACACAGAUUGUCAAUUUUCACAGCAACCAUACGGUGGCUCACAAACGAAGCUGUGUGAAGACGCUCUUCAAAAGGAUCCAAACUCAUUGCAGCAAACCGGAGGCCCGCUAUCUCCGCGACCAGUUUGUGCACAUUGGCUGUCGGAGGGCAUUCAUAAUUCGCUGCCUACGCGGUCGCCACCAGGGAAAUCGAACAUCACCGCCAUUGACGAUAUGACAUUCUCUGCCAUAUAUCAAGCACGUUUCAGAAGCGAAUGAACGCAUUGCUGCGGAGUUAGAUGUUGGAAUUCAACACCGCCCCAAAGCCACCAUGCGGAAUAUGGUAAUGAAAAUCAAAGACAGGUUGAAACCCGAUGAACAAUCUGGAGUAGUGUAUCGCAUUCCGUGUCAAAAUUGUCCUUGUAUUUACACAGGACAGACUGGGCGAAUGCUCGGAUCGCGCAUACACGAACAUAAGCUGACUGUGCGGCGAGGCGACGCAUUAUCACAAGUGGCCGCCCACAUCUACGAAAUGGGUAACGAGUUUAACUUCGCAGUCACCAAAAUAGUCGCCCACGCCGGAAAAAAAAACAGGCCAAGAAUUAAUUGAGGACAGAGCCUCGGUUGAGAACUCGGUCAAUCGAUUUAUCCAUCUGGCGCCGGCGUACAAAGCCCUGCGUAGUCAACUCCAGUCCCUCGCCGUCGGUCGAUGAUUGGGCCUACAUGCCUUAUAACUGUCGCUUGUUCUGCUGCUGCUGCUGCUGCUACCUUUGACGAUGGACUCCUGUACGAGUCUGAAAGUUCAGGACAAUAAACACAGUGUUACGGUGCUCGACUCUUCUUCUUCACCUAUGCAUACACCUGGAACUCGAAAUUUCGCCUUCAUUCGUUAAAAGACUAUUUGUUUUACUGGGGGGAUGCUUUUUCAUCUCGUGCCGGAUACAUCAUAAAAAAAUAAGUCAUCAGCUGAAGAACUCACAAUAAAUAAAAACUCUUCACUGUUAAACUAAAGCAAAGGAAAAUUAUGAUGAAGGAACGGAGUAUGAGCAAAUUGUGAAAGAAAAUUAAGAAGAUCAUUUGUAUUGUGUGAGACCUGGUCCAAAUGCUUUUAGGAAGUUAGAAAGCUGUUAACUAGCUAAGUUUCGAAUGUCAAUCCUACGAAGGCUGCCCAUGCAGUGAUCCGGAGUGCAUGAUGACUGUCAAACUACAAUAACUGCAACGGGUAUUCAAAGUCAACAGCAUCCCGCGCAACUUCGUCUCUCCAAAUGGCCCACAGGCCGCGAGAAGAGCUUUCUAAGGUCGAAAGUAAUGCGUGUAUAGAAAUCAAGGCCGACAAAGACCUAGUCAUCGUGCCAGCGGAAAAACGGCGCUCUUCGGUUGUACUGGACAGGACAGACGACUUUCAAAAAGCCAAAGGCUUACUGGAGGAUCGACGGUUCUAUAUCCCAUGUGCAAUGAAUUCUUUAGAAGCGCUGACACGCGAAAUUGAUGCCACGUUGUUGGCCUUGGAGAACUCAGGUGCAAUAACACCGACCGACAGACGCAUGACGAGACCCCAAUAUACGUCUUUGGCCCGAUUCUAUGGCCGGCCUAAGGUGCACAAAGACGGCGCUCUUCUCCUACCCAUCGUGUCGAUCAAAGGGACUCCAACAUACGAACUGGCUAAUUGACUGUUCCGGCGUCUCAAGUUCCUGACCGCUGAGUCAGACACCACUGUCUUUUCGUCAGCACAAUUUCUGGAGAAACUGAAAGGGAUAAGCAUCCAUCCAAAUGAGGUCAUGGUAUCUUUUGAUGUUACAUCCCUUUUUACUUCUAUUCCCCAGGACCUGGCUAUCGAGACAAUCGAGUUGCUUCUACAAAGUAAAUAUGAUGAGAUGGAGAACCGUCCUGGACACGCCCAAGUAUUUCAGCUCCUGAAGGUCUGUCUCAGAACGUACUUUAUUUUCGACAGGACAAUCUACGAACAGGAGAAGGGCACACCAAUGGGUUCGCCGAUUUCGGGAUUCAUCGCCGAGGCGGUCUUGCAACGGUUAGAGUCGCUGGUCUUCCAACACCACAGACCGAAGUUCUGGGCUCGGUAUGUGGAUGAUGCCUUCGUCGUUAUCGAGCGGGAUCAACUGCUGACAUUCAAGGAACAUCUGAAUGCGGUCUUCCCGGACAUACAAUUUACGAUGGAGGAGGAAGAGAACAACCAGCUGGCCUUCCUAGAUGUCCUCGUAUGCCACAAAGAUUGUGGUGACCUUAAAACCAAAGUGUUCAGGAAAGCGACAAAUGCGAUGCAAGUACUGAACUUCAACAGCAACCACCCAAUCAGCCACCAAAGCAUUUGCGCAAGGACGCUUUAUCGGCAUGUCGAAACCUACUGCAGCUGGCCGGAAAACAAGAUUGCCUAA